CUGAGGGAAUUCUGAGACAGAGAAUGGGGCUGCACCGUGGCCCAGUCAUAAGGAGGCCCCUUUCUCUUGGUCGCGUUAGAAUUAAUGAGCCCAGAAGACAUCUGAUUUGUUCUCAUUUCAUUUCUUCUCUGAUGGGGGUUGGGAGCCUAGAGCAGACAUAUCAGAGUGAAACAUGUGGAGGCAGGGCAUAGAGGACAGCAGUGACUCAUGACCUCGGAGUCUCAUAUCUGUCAUCCAGUUGGAGGCUCUGAUACUUCCAGAAAACACAUUGAGAACGGCCCAGGGUUCCCUGGGUAGGAGAUAUGGGUGGAAAGGUUCAACACCCACUGUGACAGGAUUAUCCAGGACAGCUGUUGGCAAUCCAAGCCCCAUCCAGAUAUCGCAUUGUAUCUCAGGGUAGGUCGUGAUGAAAUAGACUUGAAUAUAUUGCUUUGAGAGGAUACCAAGGGAAAAUAGUAGGAAAAUGGCUUUCCCAGGAAUUGCUCACCGCCUUUCACCUCCUAUCCCUUAGAGGACUCCCUGAGCAAAAGCGUUCAUGCCGUGGUUCCCAGGCCCAUGCCAAGUAGGCCAUCAGCCAGCCAGACUGCCAGCCUCUCUCUCUUCUCACCUCCAAAGAGUCAUAUACAGACUGAGAGACAGAGGGUUCUGAAAGCAUUCCAUGAAAUGAAAGGCAUCCUGGCAGUGGGGAGCAGAGGGAACUCAAAAGCUGGAGGAAGGUGAACUGGAUGUGCUUGGUAACUGGGUAGCAGCUAAAGACCAACUGGGGCAGCAGAGGCAGAACAUGAGAGAGCAGAUCUCGAGCAGCAGAUACAGGGAUCAUUGAAAGACACACUGCAGGGCACCCCCAUGACUGCCUGCAAUGCCUCCCAGGGCCAUCCUUCCUUCUUCAUUCUCCAAGGCAUUCCUGGGAUGGAGGACAAGCACAGAUGGAUCUCCAUUCCCUUCUCCUCCAUGUACUUCCUCACCAUCCUGGGGAACUGCACCAUCCUGCUCACCAUCUGCAUGGAGCGGUCCCUGCAUAAGCCCGUGUUCUUGCUCCUCUGCAUGUUGGCCCUCACGGACCUGGGCAUGUCCACAACCACCAUCCCCAAGGUGCUGUGCCUCUUCUUGUUUGGCCAGAGUGAGAUCAGCUAUGAGGGCUGCCUGGUGCAGCUCUUCUUCAUCCACUCCAUCUCUGCCUUGCAGUCUGCCGUUCUGAUGUCCAUGGCCUUUGACCGCUAUGUGGCCAUCUGCGAACCCCUGCGUUAUGCCAUCAUCCUUUCCAACAGUCGCAUUGGGCUCAUUGGCCUUGUGAGCUUAGUGAGAGCCAUCCUGUUCAUCCUUCCCAUGCCCAUUCUCCUCCAGAAGAUGCCCUUUCGUGCCAAACCUGUUAUCCCCACCACCUACUGUGAGCACAUGGCGGUGGUAAAGAUGGUGUGUGUGGACACCACAGUUAACAGGAUGUAUGGUUUGGUGGUGGCCUUGUUGGUUGUUGGGCUAGACAUCUCAGCUAUUGCCUCAUCGUAUGUGUUGAUCAUCCGGGCUGUAAUGCGGCUCAGUUCUAAGGAGGCUCACUACAAAGCAGUCAACACCUGCACCGCACACAUCUGUGUCAUGCUCAUCUCCUACACCCCCUCGCUGUUCUCUUUUCUCACCCAUCGCUUUGGCCAGGGAAUUCCACCCCAUGUCCACACCAUUCUUGGUAAUCUAUAUUUCCUUGUACCUCCAAUGCUCAAUCCUAUUAUUUAUGCAGUGAAAACCAAGGAGUUUCGGGAAAAAUUGAACAAAUAUGGGUGCUGGAAAAAGGAGGCCAUAACCAUUGCCCAUGGUCACAAAGCUGUCUGAUCAUCCAAAUGGUAGUCUGGAAAAUUAAAUGUGAUCAAGUAUGUACAACACUUGAACAACAUGCAUGGAACACAUGUAAAAUGUUUUCUCAUAGAAGGAACAUAGAGCAAACAGUAACUUGCCCAGCAGACUGCCAAAGCAAGGCCGAGGUGUGCGAAUGUGGGCAUGUAUUUGCAGCUGUAUGUUUAAAGGGAAGUGGGAGGAGGAGAUAAUUUGGGAGAAGUGAGAAAGGGCAGGGAAAAUACAAAAUUGUGUUAAUCAGUAGUUAAUAUCCCUGCUGCAGAAGCCUUAUGGUGGGGCCACAGGACUUGCUGCCUCUUUGUACAAGGAGGGAAUAUGGACUUGCGACAACUCACAACUUUCCUUCUUGUGUCUACCAAUUCCCAUGUCUGACAGAAUCUCCUGCAAAGAAACAAUUGUGAGAAUGAUCUGCUAAUGAUUUUAGUUAUAAAAAUAAGUUUUACUGGAAACCUUUAUUGAUAACUCUCUGCAAGGCACUUUCUCUGGGAGCCCAGGAAGUCUUGAAAGGUGGUGGGGCAACUUUGGUGUUCAGACCUGUGCUCAGAUAGGGGAGUUCAUUAUGUUCAGAGGAAUAUUGUUUAUCACUUUUAGACAGUGACUUGGGAUAUAAUGGCAAAUAUCUUAAGAUGCAUGAAGUUUGAAUACAGAAAGAUUCCCUGUUUUUUCCUUAUACUGUAGAACUAUUAUAUGAAGGCAUAGCUCAGUGAGAAAGAUACCCACCCUGAAAGCUUCAUGGCCACUGUUUAAAGGAGAUUCUUGCAAUACUUAAAUUACAGGGAAAUAAAUGAGCCUUUUCAGAGUGUGAACCAGCUGUCACAAAUGAUAAUAAAGGCUCCCAGUGAACUAAACAAUUCAAUGAAAAAGGCUGAGAAAGGUGGGGUGUCAGAGAUUGAAAUAAAUGGCUCAAAUUUGAGGAAAAAACAAAAUUGAGGAUUACAGAGGAAGUGCCUUUCUGAUAAACGGAGGACACUUGCAGGAGCAGUUAACAGCGGAGUACAGAGCGCUGCCCAUCUGCCAUUAACGUGAACAAAUAGCCCUCCACAAACAUUUAGACCAAAUAAAGAAAAACCUUUAGCAAAAUAUUUUGUGAUGAAUAAUUUAAUUGACAAACAAGUAGCGGAUUGUGAAAGGGCUUGAAGCACUCAUUCGCCUGAGAACCUGUGAUAGCAGGACUUAAUUUUGGCUGAGAUUGGAGAGUGAGUAUGUUUUGUUGUGUUUUCUCAUCUGAUUCGCAUGGGAUUCAGGUACAGGGGCAGAGUCCACAUGCUAUAAAACAUUAUCCAACUCUCAAUUUAUUUUAUAUAUUUUCCUCCUGUUUUUGGUGAUCUAUUCUGUUAACAUGGGAAGUCUAUUUUUACUGAAAUUAUGGGCAGAAGGUUCAUUAACACCAGACCGUAGUGUGCACUGGGGAAAUUGUUUCAGGGUAACUGGUACAGCAGCUGAUUUUGGGGAAACUGAGGGACCUGAGAAAAUCAGAUAACCAUGAGAAAGAAGCUUGACUGUCUUUCUUUACACCCUUGGGCUUUUUAAUAAAAAUGUUAUUGAUCUA